GCAUAUGCUUCUGGCAUUGAUAUUUAUGAGAUUUUGGUUGCGUGUUCUAGUUCUUGUCCAAUAGUGUUUAAUAAACUGUGGGGAACUGUUCUGUUUUCAUUUGGUUUCUUCAUUCCUGCCUCAGUGAUAACAGGAAUUUAUGUAAAAAUCUUUGAGGUGUCUAAAAAACAUCUGAGGGUCAUGAAAAGUUCAGGCGCCAAAAAUUCUAACCAGCUUUCUAAAAGCACAGACAGGAAAGCUACUAAGACCUUAAGUAUUGUGAUAGGUGUUUUUCUCUUUUGUUGGUUUCCAUGCUUUAUCACAAUUUUAAUUGACCCUUUUUUAGGUUUUACAACUCCUGCUGUGCUGUUUGAUGGCCUCAAUUGGCUUGGUUACUUCAACUCCAGCUGUAACCCAUUAAUAUAUGGCUUUUUUUACCCAUGGUUUAAAAAAGCACUUAGAUACAUCCUCUCAGGAAAGUUAUUCCAACAACAUUACUGUACUGCUAAUCUCUUUCCUGAAAAUAAAUAA